UAAAGAGUGUGGUAAUUAAUUAAUUUAAGCCGUUUACUGUUGCCUUUCGGGCCAAAGUCAUAUGGAGAAGGAGGUAGCUCCAGAGCCAAGGUGACUGACACUCAGGUGACUCCGUGAACCCAGCCAGCACCUACUUUAUAAAGCAAUUGCGGGGCUUAUCAACUGAAUGAAUGACCGAAUAAGUGACAGACUCACUGACUGACUCAGUGAGUGAGUGAGUGAGUGAGUGACGUUUGUUUACACAAAAUUAGCGCACAAAAUGGCAAACCAAAUCACUUUAAUUGUCUCAAUCAUCAGGUGCCAGGGGUGCCAGAGGUGCCAUAGUGCGUGGGUGCUAACCAACUUUAACUUUGGAUUUUAUUUUGAGAUAUUUGUUUUUUGUCAGAGAGAAGCAAGUUCAGUGAUCAUGACCUUUAUUCAAAGAGGAAGUAACAGAAAUUAGUUGCAAUUAGUUGGUUUAGAGUGGGGGUCUUUGAUUUAAGGUCAAAGUUAGGGGAGAAAUAUAUAUUCUACAUAGCUUAGUUCUAGAUUUUUAGUUCAAGUAUACAUAUAUAUUUAGGAUUAAAUUAGUAGAGAACCAUAAAUAAGCUAUUCAUAGAACAUAUUUAUGGCCAAUUAUUGGGUAAAAUAGUAUCUAUCAUUUGAGAUCAAAGUUAGAGAUGGAAGUUAUGCUUUCUUAUAGAAGGAACCUAGACUAUAUCCUAGACUUUUUAGUCAAAAAAAGGAUAAAGAUAUUAUAAAUAUAUUUAUGUUUAUUAAAAAUCCAUAAAUAUCUCUAUAAAUACAGGUUAUUUUAAAAAAGAGAGGUUAGGGAAGUUAAAAAACAGACUUAUAAAAAAUAAAUAUGAUUUUUUGAAGAAAGAACUUAACUUUAUCCUAAAUUGUGAAGUUUUAAAAUUAUAUAUUCACAAUUUAUACUUAUACUUAUUAAAAACCAACUAAUAUACUAUUUUUAAAACAAUUUCUGUGAGAUAUAAAGAUGAAAGUUGGGGAUGAAAGGAAGAUAUAGUUUUUUGAAGCUAGAUCCUAAACUCUUUGGUUCUAAAAAGUGUUUAUAUUUAUGAUUUGUGGUUUAUUUUUUUACGAAAAUAAAGAUAAGGGUAGUUAGGAAAUGGAACUAGCUACGAACUAGCUAUAAAAAAAAGAUAUAAGCACCAAAAAGAAAUAAUCAAACCAUAGCAAAGACCUCUCAGUUCAAAAAGAUAGUUUCUUAAAAAGAUAGAUCUUAAAAAUCACAAAAAAAAAUCUAUAAAUAUCCUAUUUAAAAAACCGCCUGUCGAUAGUUGAUAGUUGAAAGAAAAUAAAAUGAAAAUAAACCGAAAUUGUUGGGGAUACCAGGUGUGGCAAGCAGGCAAGAGGGGCUGGCGAGGAAUGGAUGGAUGACUCCGGGGCAACGGGCCAACAGGUUUACCUGGUCCCGGAGCCGCGUCUUGGUCGCAACUAAACUCGUUUCUCGCUGACCCAAUUUCAUGCAACUUUUUUUUUUUCGACAUUUUUGUUAUUUUUUUACAACAAUUUGCCUUUGUUGUAAACUUUUUUUUUUGCAAAAAUAAAGAAAACCCUCGAAAAAAGGCAAGACACUCGGUAGGAGAUAGAGAUACGGAUACAGUAUCUGCAUCUGUGAGGCCAAAAGAGUAUCUGCAUCUCAGCCCGCAAAGGUAUGAUAGUCACCUGUAAUUUUGGCCUUUCACUUGGCCAGGUUAAGAGCGGGUUCCGCUUGCCGGAGGUAAUUGAAGUGAUAAGAGAUCGACAUUGAAAUCGAUUAUGUCAGAGGAGCUAUUGGACUGAAAACCAGUUUUAUUUUCGAGGAGAAAGAGAAAGAGUUCUUUUGGGGCAACCUUUCUACUCAGAGACCCUCUAUUAGAGGCCUCUAUUAGCCAAGUUAAUGAACUUGUUAAUCGAAAUGGUUGCAUUUCAUUAAGGCCGCAACAUCAUCAAUCACUCCGUCCACCUGUCACUUUUAGUUUCUGGCUGCCACCUUCUCCUGCCUCUCUCCCCGGCAGACUGGCAGUUAUUUCAACACCCCCACCAGAGACAUGUGUCAACGGGUCUCCCCCCCUAAAGCCUAAAGCCAUAAGACUCGGCCAGAGCCCCCCUUUAAGGCAGAUAUGAAAUGAAAACCACAACAAAUAUUCCAUCGUCUUUUGCCCAAUCGAAGCACGCCAAUUACGACGAAUACCCCCCAAAAUACCCCGAAAAAUAACACUCCAUGGGUCUGUCUUCCUUACGUCACCAUCCUACACCAACCUACUGUUGUAAUCCGCGAUCCAUCCACAUCCACAAAUACGACAACAAAAGCCAACGAAUUUGAAAGCCAAACAAACGAAAGAUGGCUAACCAUUGUUGGUGUAAUGGCCACUAACGUGGCCAGCAUAGGUAUUUUUCGGCCGAAUUGGAGAGCCAUCAAGGUCGUUGGUGGGACUAACGUGGUUAGCAGGUCGUUGACGAAACCAAUGCAGUUGGGAAAAUCAGUUUACAAGUCGUUAACUUGGCUAACAACUUGGCCGACGAGAAGCACAAGGAAAGCACAAGGAAACUGCAGGGAAAAAUCAAGAAAUCCCUAAGGAAAGCACAAGGAAUCAGCAAGGAAAGAACAAGGAAAGCAAAAGGAAUCCCCUAGGAAAGAGAUCUAAGGAUCAAAAAUUAUAAAAAAUCAAAACUAAGGAAGCUAAGAAGCAUAGGAUUUAAGCCAAGGACUAUAGGAAAUCGGGCCACAGAAAGCCCCGCCAUGCACAAAAGAAAAAAACGCUAGACUCUAGAGAGAAGGAACAGGAAUCCCCCCAACGACCUUAACACACAAGGAUAUCUUCAUCUUCAAGCACCAAGGCACAUAGCAUCUUCAAGCACACUAUCCCCAAGACUAAACCUCCUCCGACUGUCCAAUUGGAACACCCCCAUUAUGGUGCUCAAUCUCCUCUUCAUAACGACGGUGAUCAAGUCGACCUUCGGAGUGGUCACCACCGGCCUCUGGCUGAUACCCCUGAUGCUGGCCGCCAUCACCUACUACCGAUACGACGCCGUGGACCCCGAGUCCAGGCCACUGGACCAACUGAAUCUCUGGCCGGAGUACGACUUCAUUGUGGUGGGCAGUGGCUCGGCGGGAGCUGUGGUGGCCAAUCGGCUCAGCGAAGUGCGAAAGUGGAAGGUCCUGCUGAUCGAAGCUGGUCCGGAUGAGAACGAGAUCUCGGAUGUGCCGUCGCUGGCGGCCUACCUGCAGCUGAGCAAGCUGGACUGGGCCUACAAGACGGAGCCCUCGACCAAGGCCUGCCUGGGGAUGCAGAACAAUCGGUGCAACUGGCCGCGUGGUCGGGUCCUCGGCGGCAGCUCCGUCCUCAACUACAUGCUGUAUGUGCGGGGCAAUCGGAACGACUACGACCACUGGGCCUCGCUGGGCAACCCGGGCUGGGACUACGACCAUGUCCUCAAAUACUUCAAGAAGUCGGAGGACAAUCGCAAUCCCUACUUGGCCAACAAUGCGUAUCAUGGGAAGGGCGGCCUCCUGACCGUCCAGGAGUCGCCCUGGCACUCGCCCUUGGUGGCCGCCUUCGUGGAGGCUGGCACUCAAAUGGGCUACGAGAACCGGGACAUAAAUGGCGCCCAGCAGGCGGGCUUCAUGAUCGCCCAGGGCACCAUCCGACGCGGAUCGCGCUGCUCCACGGCCAAGGCCUUCCUGCGACCCAUUCGCCAGCGGAAGAACUUCCAUCUCUCGAUGAACUCCCAUGUCACCAGGGUCAUCAUCGAGCCGGGCACGAUGCGAGCCCAGGCGGUGGAGUUUGUGAAGCACGGCAAGGUCUAUCGGAUAGGGGCACGCCGGGAGGUCAUCCUGGCGGCCGGAGCCAUCAACACGCCCCAGAUCAUGAUGCUGUCGGGUCUGGGGCCCAAGAAGCAUCUCGAGAAGCACGGCAUCCGGGUGCUGCAGGAUCUGCCCGUGGGCGAGAACAUGCAGGACCAUGUGGGCAUGGGCGGACUAACCUUUCUGGUGGACAAGCCCGUGGCCAUUGUCCAGGACAGGUUCAAUCCCACGGCUGUGACCUUCCAGUAUGUGCUGAGGGAACGCGGACCGAUGACCACUCUGGGCGGAGUGGAGGGACUGGCCUUCGUCCACACUCCCUACUCGAAUCGCAGUCUCGACUGGCCGGACAUCCAGUUCCACAUGGCGCCCGCGUCCAUCAACUCGGACAACGGGGCGCGGGUGAAGAAGGUGCUGGGCCUGAAGGAGUCGGUCUACCAGGAGGUCUACCAUCCCAUCGCCAACAAGGACAGCUGGACGAUAAUGCCGCUGUUGCUGAGACCCCGAUCCCGGGGCUCCGUGAAGCUGCGCUCCGCCAAUCCCUUCCACUAUCCGCUCAUCAAUGCCAACUACUUUGACGAUUCGCUGGACGCCAAGACGCUGGUGGAGGGCGCCAAGAUCGCCCUGCGAGUGGCCGAGGCCCAGGUCUUCAAGCAGUUCGGGUCGAGGCUGUGGCGGAAGCCGCUGCCCAACUGCAAGCAGCACAAGUUCCUUUCGGACGCCUAUCUGGAGUGCCAUGUGCGGACCAUUUCCAUGACCAUCUACCAUCCGUGUGGCACUGCCAAGAUGGGUCCUGCCUGGGAUCCCGAGGCGGUGGUGGAUCCCCGGUUGAGGGUCUAUGGCGUCCGGGGUUUGAGGGUAAUAGAUGCCAGUAUCAUGCCCACGAUCAGUAGCGGGAACACCAAUGCUCCGGUCAUCAUGAUUGGCGAGAAGGGCGCCGAUCUCAUCAAGGAGGACUGGCUGACGAAUCCCGAGUACAAGGUGAAGCGGCAGGCGCAGGCGCAGGUGGUGCGGGUGCAGGAGGCAGAGCCGGCCGAGAGCAAUAUCGAGGGUAUCAGUCUCCUGCCACCGGUGAGCAACACCAUCCAGGUGGAGGGCACUACGAUGCAGGACAGGAGCGGCAACACCAGCCACCACCAUCUCGACCUCACCAGCAGCGGAAACAACAACACCAUCGAGAGCAGCAGUUAGUGACUCGGGAGGAGUGGUGGGAGGAGCUACUAGCUCCGUAAUAGUGCUCAGGGGUCCAUUAGCUUUACAGAAUUGCCAUUGCUUGACUUAAUUGUGGUGAUACCCCCUUCUCUAGCCCAGUAUCCCCCUCUCUAUUGAAUCUCAGCUAAUGUCAUCCUUGAAGGAGAACCCAGAAAUCGAGUCAUAGAUUAAAUCCCUUAGCUUCCUGUGGCUACUACUCUUAGUAACUCCAACUAUGCAUAUUUUUUUGUGUUUAUGUAUUAUUUAUGAUAAGCUAGUAGUAAUAGUAAUAUUUAAUUCUGUUUGACUAUUUUUAAGAAGUUCUCAUACAAGCGCCUUAUUUAAACGACAUUCUAUUUAAUAAAUUAAAAUAUCAUAAUAAUGAA